UGGAAGAGUUUAUCUAACAUUUUGGCUUUAGAAAUCAACCAUGCAGCCUAUCACCAUCAAUUUCAAUCAAUAUUGUUCAAAUGACUCAGGAAUGAGGCAAAGCUCUAUGGGAUGACAUGGCAGCCAUCUCUAUGGAGGAGUCAACCCCUCAGCUACUUCUUUCUCUAUGCCAAUGAGAUUGCUUGAAAUGCCACCGAUUGAAGCUUACUUAAGCUUCAUUAAUGGUUUGGAAUCGCUCAAUAAUAGAGCAAGUUUCGUGCCGGUUCUUGAUUCUCCCACCCCUCCAGCAGGAAAUCAAGCUAAAUGCCAGCUCAAGCCACUCAAUACUCUUUGUGAGUCUCUGAACAAUGAAGAUAUCCCAAAAUUUACUGCUAAUAGUACUGAAUGCAUUUCUGAAGCUGGCAGCUCCAAAGGGCAAUCCAGUAAGUUUGUCGAGAAAAAGGAAAAAUCUAAACCGACAAGUCAUCGGGAAGGACUUCUGACCAAUGAGACCCCUGAUAUUCUAAAGAAAUAUAAAUAUGAAUUCAGUUAUGUAUCAAGCUGAGGUCCAAACAGGAAGAAGAGAAUCAUUCAUUGUGGAUAUGCAGGAUGCUCUAAGACCUUCAUUAAAGCUUGGAACUUCGUCGAUCAUGCUCGUAUGCAUCUAGGAGAGAGGCCAUUUGCUUGCCAGCUAUGCGCUUCUCGGUUUACCCAGAAAGGUAAUCUGAAGAAGCAUAUGAAGAAGCAUUUGCAAGCUGAGGAAGAAGAGAGAGCUUCCAAAUAACCUUAAUUUAUCUCUUUUAAACUUUGACAAUAUCUGAUAUUUUCAUUUUAUUUCAGUCUUAAAUUAACCUGUUCGAGAUAAGAUUUUCUUGGAAUUAUUAUAAGAACCUUGAACAUCGGGAAGAACUUCUGACGUAGUUGGUCAGAAGUCCUUCCCUAUCACGGAAAGGCACUCAAAUUAUUUUAUAGAACUUCAUUUUAGGUAAUUUAAGAGACAUAUCCUGAAAAAUUUCCAGUAUUUUAAGGGGAAUUUUAUGCACGGCCAGUGUUUAUUAUAAUAAGUCCCAUCUGUUGCAUUAGUAGGACACUGGCUCACAAGACAGUUAUGAAGUGUCUCCAAGUCGGUCCUUCUGGGAAAAGGUCAGCAACGUAUGAAAAUGGAUCUCAGCAAUGACUUCGAGCAGAAGACCUUAAGUAAAUUGUUAAACCGACUUCAGAAAGGUUUGAAUUAAUUAUGAAUUAUAUACAAUACAAAUUUGCUAACGUUAGGCCGAACGUUCGGAGCAAAAUGUUGGUCACCAGGAAAGAGUCAUGGUCUAUAAUAAUUACAAAAUUAGCCUAUUAGCAAUGCUUAUAUCUCUAGCUAUCUUUAGUUUUAUAUCGAGUUUCCUAUUUUGUCAUAAAUUAUGAAUUUUCUGAGAACAGCAUAUGAAUCUUAUUAAAGCUGAAAAGAGAGUUCUAAUGGUUAAUAUUUUCGCGGUUAGACAGCCAUUGCAUUUGUUCGAUCAAAUUAGCAUAAAAUCUCUACCUUUAAAUCAGGUUUUCAGGUGAUAACAAAGAAAUAUAACUCGACCCUUAGUUUAUUAGCCUGAAUCCGUGCUCAGAGAGAUAGAAGAGGUCUUUACCAACUUUAUGUUUAAAAAUGGUUUAAUUAAGAAUAAUCGAAGUUGAUAAGACCUUUAUAGCAAGAAAUAAAAUAUUGGGGGAAACAGUUUAGGGGUUUUGUUUGAAAAUAUUAAGUUAGGAUCAGGGGCCACUGGUUUUAGGUGAUUUUUAUAUCUUCUGAGAGGUUCGGAGGUGACAAAUUAGCAAAAAAUUGCUUGCUAAUGGCUCUUGAUGAAGUGAAGAAGAAGCCUCAUGAAAACCUCUAUUUUAAUAACAAGUUCACCUAAUAAUUUUAGUAUCGGCCUGUGAUAAUAUUUAUUCUAAAAUUACUAGUUUGAUAAAUUUGUAAUUUAUUUGAGUCCCAAAAGGCUCUUAUAACUCCCAAGUCUUUAAAUCUCAGAAUUUUCAGAAAUAUCUAGUAUGAGGCUCUAUAAAAUCAGUACUUUACAAUACUAAAUUGCCACAAUUUUCAUAUAAUAAUUUUCGCUAAGAGAAAUCAAGGGUAAUCCUGCUAGCUCAAAAGAUGGGUAAUAAACCCUUCAGAAGUCGUUUUACUCUCUAAAACAGAUAAAUUCUUCUAAAUUUGCGGCAAUUAAUAAUUUCAGCUAUCCCAGAAUGGUGUCCGGACUGGUCAGGUGUGAGCAUGGGUUCAUAGGCUACCAUCUAUCCUCGAGUCACCAGGAAAAAAUGAGCAACUUUUAAUGAAGUGCUAAUA